AUGAUUUCUUUAGCAGAUGUAUAUCAUGUGGUGGCUGCCACAGUUCCAUUGUAUUUUGCCAUGAUAUUGGCCUACAUCUCUAUGAAAUGGUGGAGGCUUUUUACACCAGAUCAGUGUGCAGGCAUAAACAAAUUUGUUGCUAAAUUUUCAAUCCCACUAUUAUCUUUCCAUGUUAUUUCCAGCAACAAUCCCUACAAAAUGAACCUGAAACUCAUAGUAGCCGACUUUCUUCAGAAACUAUUAGCCCUCCUAGUACUGACAGCACUCACCAAAAUCAGCUCCAGAGGAAGGUUGAAUUGGAUAAUCACUGGUCUUUCUCUGUCAACAUUGCCCAAUACUUUGAUCCUGGGAAUUCCACUUUUGAAGGCUAUGUAUGGGGUGGAAGCUGAGGGACUCCUUUCCCAGAUAAUUGUCUUACAAAGCUUAAUUUGGUAUAAUUUGUUGUUGUUUCUCUUUGAGCUAAAUGCUACCUAUGCAGCUCCAGUAACACCAUCUUCAGAAAUUACUGAGGACCAGGAAGCCCCUCAAGAUGCCCAAUCAAAAGAGGGAGAAGAGGAAACACAUACCAGAACAACAAGAAGAGUUAAGACCAUGCUCAUUCUCUUGACAGUGGGGAGGAAGCUAUUGAGAAAUCCCAAUUUUCAUGCUACUUUGUUGGGUCUUAUUUGGGCAAGCAUACGCUUUAGGUGGGGAGUGAAAAUGCCAGAAAUUCUUGAUAAUUCUAUAAUGAUAUUGUCUAAUGGAGGGCUUGGUAUGGCAAUGUUCAGCUUAGGUCUGUUCAUGGCAUCACGCACCAGUAUAAUAGCGUGUGGCAUCCGAAUGGCAGUGCUAGCUAUGGCAGUGAAGUUCAUUGCAGGGCCUGCCCUAAUGGUAGUUGCUUCCCUAGCCACUACACUGAGGGGCACAGUGUUUAAAGUGGCAAUUGUUCAGGCAGCUCUACCUCAAGGGAUUGUUCCAUUUGUGUUUUCUAAAGAAUAUAAUAUUCAUCCAGAUAUAUUAAGCACAGGGGUAAUUUUUGGUAUGCUCAUUGCAUUGCCAAUAGCAUUGGCCUACUACUCCCUUUUAGCAUUGUGAAAUCCUACAGAAACAAAGCAGCAAAACACCAGAAGAAGCCAUUUGAAGUCGAAGAAAGCUCAAAUUGUUGAAGAAGAACUUUAGAAGUCUCACUCAGUUUUCUUCCAAUUUUUGGACAGUUUGUUCAAUUUCCUUUGACAUGCUAAUGUGAUAUGACAGAUUUUUUUUGUUUCCUUCAUUCUCAUGAAAACAGAAAUGUAUCUAUCAGAAAAAUGAACAAGCUAAUGCAAUAAUGGAAUAGUCAUCAGUUAUGAGUAAACAUCUUUCAUUUGUGAUAAUGGAAAAUAAGAAGCACCAGAACUAGUGCAGAAUGGUGGACCUUCUGAUUGUUUAGUUAA